UAUUUUUGUAAUGAUAUAAGCGAUAUUUGUAAACAUGCUAAAAUUUUGAGAAAACUGGAGGUCAUGGGGAACGUGAUUGCAAAUUUACCAGCGGCUAAUACCGAGAAAAGUCAACGACCUGUUACCUAUUCUUUCCUUCCUAAAACCAUGAUAGGAGGACCCUAUGGUUUGGGUGAACCAGAAGACCAAAGUUUAAGGGAUGUUGAACUAGAUGUAUGCAUACCUGACAUAUUAAGAGCAAGAGUAAACAAAGAAAGAUGUUAUGAAGAACAUGAAAUUGUCUCAGAUUGUGGAAGAAGAGAACAACUUAUGAUGCCAUUCAGAUGCCAGAAGGAGGCUCUUGUUUUUAAAAAGUGUUUAUAUAAAGCAUUUAAUGAUCCAGAAUUCAUAGAGAGUGGUAAGCGACAGUUUUUAGAAGAAAGAACAGAAUUUAGACGAACUGGUAUACCGAAGAAAAGGCGAGUACAGAUGGCGGAGAGAGAGAAAAGAGUACAUAGAAUAAUGGAAGAAUUGAAAGAAGCAGAUAGACUUGAACAAGAACAUUCUAAUCAAACUUCAUAGCAAUAGGUUGUCAUGGUUACAAUAGUAAGGGCUAUUACAGAGUUAUACAGUUGUUGUGGAGAAGGAAUGUGUUGUGGAUGAACAUGUGUACAAGGUGAAGAUUCCUGAGGAGUCUUAGAAAAAAAAAUUUUCUCUUUGUAUUGGUAAGGAUGGUUGGUGUGAGCAUACAUGCAUUUCAUCCCUCCUCCCACAUCUAGUUUUUAUCUGAAAUAUACUUUAAACAAUGGUAUCUGUAAUGUCAUUUUAUAAAUAUGUGUGUGUGUGUAAUUGAACCAGACAGUGAUGGAUGAGAGAUUGAUUUUGUACUGUUAAUAAGUUGUCAUCGUAUUGUUAAUGUGUGAAAAGACAUGGACAUUAAUUUACCAAUUGCAGCUCUCUUUAGACUAUAUGUAUUUGGUGAACCCUGAAUUAUAACUUUUUUGUGUUCAUCAUCUUGAUAUGUGUUAAAAUUUCUUUUAUGCUGGAUAUUUGAGUUUAUCCUCCUUCCCUCUGCCUAUAUCACCCUGCUCAGUCACUCUGUAAUACUUGUAUCACGGCUUUGAGAAAUGAGCAGGCAUUAUCAGUGACAUCACAAUGUGUGAGGACUUUCGUCAAGCGUAUAAAACUGUCUUAGAAAGGGAGAAAAAGCCAGUGAAAGGAUGAUAAACAGAUAAUAGUGUUUUCUUCGCAUUGAUAUCGUAAAAUAUCAGCUGCUCACCACAAUGUGAAGCUUUUUUGCUUGUUCACCAAAAAGGUUGUGGCUCGCGGCUGAUAUUUUACAAUAUCAAUGUGUAGAAAACCUGAUAAUCUAUAUGAACACUGAAUUAAAAAUGUUCACAUAUGUGGUGUACACUAAAUUAUAAUUGCUGUAUUGGUGUAUGCUGAAUUAUAAAAUGUUUUGGUUAUUUAUCUAAAGUGUUCAAAUUUCUUUUAUAUUGGAUAUUUGGUGUACAGGGAUGACUUAUAAAUGUUUUGCUGUCAUAACCUUAUAAAGGUGUUAAAAUUUCUGUUAUACUGGAUAUUUGGUGCACUCUGAAUUGAAAAUGUUUUGCCAUCAUAAUCUUGACAAGGGUGUUAAAAAAAAUCUUGUACUGGAUAUUUGGUGUUUGUUGAAUAAUGAAAUAAUGUUUUGUUGAUAAGAGUGAUAUAAUUUCUUUGUAUUCUAUUACUGUAUAUAUAAAAUAGAUUGUU